AUGGAUUGCUGUUCAUUCUGCGAGGCGCCGCGAUCCAUUGCGCCACACGAGUGGCCGGACGACAUCACCAAAUGGCCGAUUUGCCGGAAGUCCGUUGUGGACGGCACGACGGCGGUGGGGCGGGCGGGGCACGCCGCCGAGCACAUGGCCUGCGAAGUGAUCGCUCACCCCUGCUGCAUAGGCGUCCACGGGCAGUGCGUCAUCACCACCAGCGAGCACUGCGACUUCGUCAAAGGCUAUUUUCACGAAGAGGCCUCGUUAUGUUCUCAGGUCUCGUGUCUUGACGAUGUGUGUGGGAUGCUACCAUUUAUGCGAAGACGUCGACCGGAUCAGCUGUAUCGUGCUUGGACCUCGUUGUUUGUGCACGCUGGUCUUCUACAUCUGGCAGCUACGCUCGCUAUACAGUGGCUCUUUAUGAGAGAUUUGGAAAAGAUGGCUGGUCCGGUUAGAAUUGCAGUUAUAUAUCUAGGUAGUGGUGUGGCUGGAAAUAUGGCGUCAGCAAUUUUUGAGCCCUAUCGAGCUGAGGUGGGUCCCGCUGGAUCGCAUUUUGGUCUCCUUGCCUGUUUAAUCGUGGAAGUGAUUGGUGCGUGGCCUCUGCUAAAGCAUCCUCGUCGCUCGCUCAUGAAGUUGAUCGGGCUCGCACUGACGCUAUUCCUCCUGGGCCUUCUGCCCUGGAUUGACAAUUUCGCUCACGUGUUUGGUUUUGUGUUCGGGUUCCUGCUAGCGUACGCGUUACUGCCCUUUAUAACGUUCGGUCCUUACGAUAGACGGCGAAAAAUUGUUUUGGUGUGGGUGUGUAUGGUGUCGGCGGCCGGAAUGCUGUGCUCGCUGAUCGCCCUAUUUUACGCGGCGCCGGCGUAUGAGUGCUCUGUGUGUGCGUACUUCACGUGCCUGCCGUUCGCGCCGGACAUGUGCGCGUCGCAGGACGUCCGAGUGAGGCAGCUGGACGGCGUA